GAUGGCUGUACUCAUCCAGCACCAGUUCAAACAAUUACCUGCCGAUAAGCAGAUCGACACCUGCAGUUUCCUGGACUCUGUGUCUCAUCUGCCGGCUUUUUUCGACUGCCUUGGAUCUGCUAUCUUUUCUCCAAUCAAAGCUGAUAUUACAGGAAAUAUCACGAAAAUACGGACUGUAUAUGAAACGAAUCCUACCAAGUUCAAAACACUACAGCAGAUUUUGGAAGGAGAAAAAGAAAUGCAUGGGCCACAAUGGCCGAAGGUUGGGGCAACUCUAGGUCUUAUGUGGCUGAAGAGAGGUCUGAAGUUUAUUCAGGUUUUAUUACAAAGCAUCUCUGAUGGGGAGAGAGAUGAGCAAAACCCAAAUCUCAUGAAAGUUAACGUGACCAAAGCCUAUGAGAUUGCACUUAAGAAAUACCAUGGCUGGUUGGUGCAAAAACUAUUCCAGACUGCACUCCUUGCUGCUCCAUAUAAAGAUGACUUCCUCAAAGCCCUCUCAAAAGGACAGAAUGUAAAAGAAGAAGAAUGUAUAGAGAAGAUCCGUCAGUUCCUGGUCAAUUACACCCCCACAGUUGAUGCAAUCUAUAUCAUGUACAACAAGAUGGGUGCAGAGUUGGAUUACAAAGCCUAGCUGGCUUGUGUAAAGACGCCUACCCUCUUCUUACUUUCAGAUACAGCUCAGGACAUGGCCUCUUCUCUGUGAAUGUCUCCUGCAAACGUUCACUAGAUGCUUGGAAGCUCCAAAACCAAAGUUAACUAAUGAGAAUAUUUUUAACAAAGUGUAUACAGGGAGUUGGUGCACUAUUUCCGUAUGUAAAAUAGCCUUUACUAUA